AUGGGUAAUCAAUGCGUGUAUUGCCUCAAAAAGUUUUUUUAAAGACCAAAUUUAAAGAAUAUGUCAGAAUUACCUUAAACUGAUAUACAACAACAACAAGAACCCUAUACAAAAGUGGAUAAUAUUGAUGAGUCUGAAAAUUAUCAUGAACAUUCAGAAGAGCAAAUACUAGCUAUCUCAGACAAUAUAUAAGAAACAAUAAGUUAAUCUAUUGAUAUUUUCCUUUACAGACUCAAGACUACUAAAGAUUUAGAGGAGCUUUAUCAUGAUGAUCAACUUAUUAUACUAUUUAAGAGUUUUAAACUUGCAGAGAGAUACACUGUAAUAUAAAUAUAAUAUGAAUUCAAAAUGAAGAAGAAAUCAAUAAACGAAUUUUUAAAUUAUACAUAUCUCACUCAAAUUGAUUAAUUUACUACUUUGUAGACAACUAGUGAUUAUUAAUUAAUUUAUGCAAGUUUCAAGAAAAUUUAAUUUGUUGACUCUAGAGAAUAUGUUUUUAUCAAAUAUUAGAAGCAGAUUUGCAAAAAUAAAUAUAUCUAAGUACUGCGCUCUAUUAACACUGAAUAAUCAUAGUAAACUACAAGAGGAAUCAUUUAUAUAAGUGGCUUUCUUUUGGAAGAAAUUCAAAAUUAAGAAAUAAGAGUCUAAGCAUAUGCUGAAAUCGAUUUUAAAAUUAGAUUACCUCCUGGUAUGUUAAAGAAAGCAUUAACUAUUGAGCUUAAAAGGGCUCUUUAAUAAUUUAUUAAUUGA